CGCCACGCCACGAUUCCGUCCACACGCGGCGGGCUCCCGGCCGCGGGCGCGGCAGACCGCGGCGCCGCCGAGCUCUCCCCGCGAUUCCGCGUGGGUCGCACGCUGCUGCGCGUUCACACUCGAUCGCCACAGCGUCCGUCAUCCAAUCCAACCCCCAACCCCCCGUGGGCGGUGGGCCUGCCCGGUAUAAAUCCCCCGGCCGGUUGACGUCUCGUCUCGGCCCACAACCACAGCUCCGCCGCUUCCGCUCUCGGCUUCGUCUGCACGCUACCCCGCCUCGCCGCCGCUUCUCCCUCGCCCCAGCAUGGCCGCCGCGUCGUCCGCCACCUCCGUCCACGACUUCACCGUCAAGGAUGCGAGCGGGAAGGACGUUGACCUCAGCACCUACAAGGGCAAGGUUCUCCUCAUCGUCAACGUUGCAUCCCAGUGUGGAUUAACUAACUCCAACUACACCGAGUUGGCCCAGCUCUAUGAGAAGUACAAGGACCAAGGCUUUGAGAUCCUCGCUUUUCCAUGCAACCAGUUUGGUGGGCAGGAGCCUGGCACCAAUGAGGAAAUUGUCCAAUUUGCCUGCACACGCUUCAAGGCUGAGUACCCCAUCUUUGACAAGGUUGACGUCAACGGUAGCAAUGCCACACCCCUCUACAAGUUCCUGAAGUCUAGCAAGGGUGGCCUGUUCGGUGACAGCAUCAAGUGGAACUUCUCCAAGUUCUUGGUUGACAAGGAGGGGCGCGUUGUGGAUCGCUACGCUCCGACCACUUCCCCUCUGAGCAUUGAGAAGGACAUCAAGAAGCUGCUUGGGAGCUCUUAAACCAUCUGUCUAGAACCUGUAGCGCAAAACUGUAUUCAUCUGAGCGCUAAAAUUUACAAUAAUAUUGUAUCAAUAAAGAAGCUGCUUGGGAGCUCUUAAACCAUCUGUCUAGAACCUGUAGCGCAAAACUGUAUUCAUCUGAGCGCUAAAAUUUACAAUAAUAUUGUAUCAAUAAAGUAGUGCUCCGCUGCAGUGCCCGCUCAAUUUCCAUUGCAUGUGUAUUUGUAUAUUCCCUUUGAAUGGAUUCCAAUGAUGUAUACUAGUUAGUUCUGCUUUAUGCUUUAUCGAAAA